CAGUGACCAGACUACCGGAGUAAUCUUUUCAACUUCGUUUCAUGACCAGCAUGCCCUCACACUUAUUCACUGAGGCAAAGGUUCAGGGAGAUCAAGGAACAGACAUUCAAGUUGCUUUGCUAAAUCCAGAAACUGGACAUGUUGGGCAGAGCCGGCCAGGAUCAACGGCCAAGUUGAAUCUUUUCAUAGUUGAUGGUGAUGUUGAGGAAGUUGCUUGGAGGAGGGAACAAUUGAAGUGCCACCCAAUAUCAGAAGUCUGUUUGGAGAGAAAGCCACUCCUAUCUGGUGAUUUGCUAGUGACCCUAGGAGGAGGGAUGGGCACAUUAGGCGAUUUCCAUUUUACACAGGAUGCAAGCAAGACAGAGCGGCAAAUACAGGCUUGGAGUGAAGGUCGUUUGUAGAUGCUAUGCCGCAAUGCAUAUCCGUGGGACCUUAUCCAAGGCUUUCACUGUUGAAGAUAGCCAUGGAGAAUUUGCCAAGAAGCAUAGCCCACUUCUACUAAGUGACUACGUCUGGAGACUGGUUGGAGUGGCGAUGGGUGGAGAGGCGCACAAACAAUUGACAGGAACCAGGAUUGUCACAGUCCGAGAUUUUGUCGACCUUCUUUCCUUGGAUCAAUCAAGACUGAGAAAUAUCGUGGGUGGCGGAAUGUCCGACGCUGUGUGGAAACAUACUUUGGAGCAUGCCACAUUUCGUGUCUCCAAUGCCAAGGAGUAUGUUUAUUAUUUUGGUGAAGGCCAAUCCACUGGCAUUCGUUUCAACUGGAACUAUGAGCUCAAGGGACUCAUCCGUGAUGGAAGAUUCGUCGCUAUGGAAUCACUUUCCGGAGGUGAAAAGGUCUACCUCGAAUCCCAGUAAAAAAUCGCCUACGAGAAUCAUGACAAAAUCUCAGAAUAUCAUGAGAGGUUUCGUCUCGAUUUGAUCGGGUUGCUUUAGCGAUCUUCUAUGCCGGGAAUAGUGAGACAACAAGGUACAGUUUCUCAUAGCAUGAGCUCCAUGCCGAUGACAGAUCUUCUGACUUCUCUUUUUCCACUUGAGCAGGACUUGGAAAAUGAAGCCGCUCAGUAUUUCCUUGAAAGGUUCCAUUAAAUGCAGACAGAGAUCAAUUAGAGACAUGAGACUCUUGGACAUUGAAAAGUUCCAGUAGGACCUAAGAAUAAUAUCGAACCAUCACACAUAAUAUCAAACCAUCGCACAAUCUUGAAAUGAGGAUACAACUUUACAAUUGAUUUUCAAUAAAGAUGCAUCCAGUUCUUGACCAGCAAGACAUGAGUAGAAAGGGUUGAA